AUGUAUUGUUUGUUUUUAACAGAAAAAAGAAGGAAGGAAGCCAUUGCAGCAGCUACAACGCUGACAGAAGCUUUGGUAGACCAUCUAAAUGUAGGGGUGGCACAGGCAUAUGUCAAUCAAAGAAAGCUGGACCAUGAAGUGAAGACCCUGCAGAUACAGGCUGCACAGUUUGCAAAGCAGACAACACAGUGGAUUGGUCUGGUGGAAAACUUCAAUCAGGCUCUGAAGGAGAUUGGUGAUGUGGAGAACUGGGCUCGAAGCAUUGAAAAGGACAUGAGGAUAAUUGCUACUGCUUUGGAGUAUGUGUAUAAAGGCCAGCUGCAGCCCUCUGCCUCCUGA